AUGGAGAGAUUGGCUCUGGGCUUGUACCUGGACUCCUUUGGGGAAAAGGUUAGGUACUGGCUAAUAGGGCGUAUCUGCUGUUGUGUGUCUUUGCAGGAUGAAAAGUCCACUUUCUUCCAGUUCGGCGCGGCCCUGCAGCAGGAAGCUCUGCUCAUGCUCGCUAUCAUGGAGGAGUAUGACUGGCAUGUCUUUUCCAUUGUUACUUCUAAGUUCCCGGGGUAUCAGCAAUUUAUCAGCACGCUAAGGGUAACAGUGGACCACAGCUUUGUGCGCUGGGACCUGCAGAGUGUGGUGACACUCGAUGCUAUAGAUGGCGACCCAAACUCAAAAUCACACAUUGCCCUCAAAAGGAUCCAGAGCCCUGUUAUCCUUCUGUAUUGCUCUAAGGAUGAGGCUAUGUAUAUCCUGGAUGAAGCUCGGUCCUUGGGUCUGAUAGGAGCUGGCUACAUCUGGAUCGUGUCCAGUCUGACCACUGGAAACCCAGACUUUACUCCUGAGGUAGUGUUUCCCAUGGGUAUGAUCUCUGUGUCCUUUGAUGACUGGGAGUACCCGCUAGAGACACGCGUGCAGGACGGGGUGGGCAUAAUUUCUUCUGGAGCCACCUCCAUGCUGCGGGAGAAGGGAGAGCUGCCAGAGGCCCAGAGCAGCUGCUACAGCACACCAUCAGAUAGGAGCCCUGGGAAGCUCCCACCUAGUGCCCUGCGCAGGCACAUGAUGCAUGUGUGGAAUGAUGGGCGAGAUCUAUCCUUUACCCCAGAUGGCUACCAGGCUAACCCGAAAUUGGUUGUCAUUGUUCUUAACAGUGAAAGGAAAUGGGAAAAGAUGGGCCGCUGGGAGAAUGGGACAUUGUCACUGAUGUUCCCAGUGUGGCCGAGGUACAACGCCUAUGGGGAUGAGGAUGCUGAUGAAAAUCACCUCUCCAUCGUAACUCUGGAGGAGAAGCCUUUUGUUAUCGUUGACAACGUGGACAUCCUCACCGGCACCUGUAUGAGAAACUCUGUACCCUGCCGUAAACACGUCAAACUCAACAGCACGGCGGGAGGGGCCUACAUCAAGCAGUGCUGCAAAGGUUUCUGCAUCGACAUUCUGAAGAAGAUAGCCAGGAACGUCAAGUUCACCUAUGACCUCUACCUGGUCACCAACGGAAAACACGGCAAGAAGAUCAACAAUAUGUGGAACGGCAUGGUUGGAGAGGUGGUGUAUAAGAAGGCUGUGAUGGCCGUCGGGUCACUGACCAUCAAUGAAGAGAGGUCAGAGGUCAUCGACUUCUCCGUGCCCUUUGUGGAGACCGGUAUAAGUGUCAUGGUGUCACGUAGCAAUGGAACUGUCUCUCCCUCCGCCUUCCUCGAGCCCUUCAGUGCGUCGGUUUGGGUGAUGAUGUUCGUGAUGCUGCUCAUUGUCACAGCCAUUGCAGUCUUUCUCUUUGAGUUUAUCAGUCCACUGGGCUUCAACCGCAACUUGGCUCAAGGCAAAGACCCUCAUGGUCCAUCAUUCACCAUUGGUAAGGCGAUAUGGCUGCUGUGGGGUCUGGUGUUCAACAACUCUGUGCCUGUCCAGAACCCAAAAGGCACCACCAGUAAAUUCAUCGUGUCUGUGUGGGCCUUCUUUGCUGUGAUCUUCCUGGCCUCCUACACUGCCAAUCUGGCCGCUUUCAUGAUCCAGGAAGAGUUUGUGGACCAAGUCACUGGACUGUCUGACAAGAAGUUCCAGAGCCCGUACUCCUAUUCCCCUCCAUUUCGUUUUGGGACAGUUCCCAACGGGAGCACGGAGCGCAACAUCAGGAAGAACUAUCCAGAUAUGCAUCAGUACAUGACUAAAUACCACCAGACUGGUGUCCAGGACGCACUGGUCAGCCUCAAGACAGGAAAGCUUGAUGCCUUCAUCUAUGAUGCUGCCGUCUUGAACUACAUGGCGGGCAGAGACGAUGGCUGUAAACUGGUGACCAUCGGCAGUGGCUAUAUCUUUGCCACCACUGGUUAUGGAAUUGCCCUGCAGAAAGGAUCCUACUGGAAACGCUUAGUUGAUCUGGCCAUACUGAGCAUCAUUGGAGAUGGUGAGAUGGAGGAGUUGGAGGCACAGUGGCUGACUGGAAUCUGCCACAAUGAAAAGAAUGAGGUGAUGUCAAGCCAGCUGGAUGUGGACAACAUGGCAGGGGUCUUCUACAUGCUGGCAACAGCCAUGGGACUCUCUAUUCUUACUUUCAUCUCUGAGCACCUUUUCUACUGGAGGCUGAGGUACUGCUUCACUGGCGUCUGCACUGGAAGGCCUGGCCUGCUCUUCACUAUAAGCAGGGGUAUUUGGAGCUGCAUCCAUGGAGUUCACAUAGAUAUGAAGAAGAAGACUCCUGAGCUGGGUUUCAGUCCUCAAGCCAACAUGUUGCACUUGCUCAAAUCCGCCAAAUCCAUUGCUCUGUCUUCUCCCAAACGAAAUACUGUCCUCUUGCAGCCUAGCAUCCUAGACAUGAUGUCAGGGAAAGGUAAUUCACUCCAUAGUCUGCCUCAGAAGGGUCCAGGUCUCUAUAGCAACGCUGCUGGUCCACAGGGUUUCUUGUCAUUGUCAGGGCGACACAAAAACCUCCUCAACAACGCAGCACCAUUUCCGGGACAACAGAAAGUCCCUUCACUCCAGACCAGCCCGAGCAAGCCCCAGCUAUCCAUCACUAACGACAACGGCAACGGUCGCCCUCCCGGGCCGGCCUGUGCUGCGUCCAAGCCCCGAGCCCUGUGGAAGAAAAGUGUGGAGACGCUGAAGACGCAGCCAGCCGUCAUAUCGCCAGGCCAAAGCCCCACCCCGACAUUGGCGAGCGCUCCUCCACCGAUGAAGAGUCAGCGCUACUUGCCCGAAGAGCCGCAACCCUCUGACAUGUCAGAGGCUUCCAGUCGGCCGCCAUCGCACAAAGAUUCCGACUCCAUGGCAGCGAGGGGUGGAUUUAAGCCGAUCAAUCAGCUCCGAAAGAGAGGCGGAGGCGGAGGUGGAGGAUCCAAGAUCUACUCCAUUGACUCUGACCAGGCCAGCCUUCAGUCUGCUCCUCUGUACCAGAGAGACAGCCAGGGGGGAGGUGACGACCACCCUUACCCCCCUGACCAAUUUCCCCUCGACAGCACGUACUCACACACUCAUUCCCACCAGCCAGACACGCCCAUUUUGCAGCUGAGCGCCACCCUCCUCCACCACAGUCACAGCGCCGAGGCGGACCUCCACUCCCUGAAAGACAAGAAAUACAGCACCUACACACACAGCAGCGUGAAAGAAAAGUCCGGGGGUUCGUUUGACGCUCCGGGUGCGGGCUCGGGAACACAAAGUGCCCGGCCCGGCCACUGCCGCACCUGCCUGACCAAACUCAGUGGUUACUCUGGCCUCUACACUGUUCGCUCCCCACAGGCUCGCUGCGAUGCCUGCGCCCAUCUGGGGAACCUCUACGACAUCAGCGAAGACCACCUGCACUCGCACUACUCCCACGCGCACGCUCACCCGCACGGCGGGGACAUGUUUACGCACUACCUUCCCCAGAGCGAGCUGGGCCUGGUGGGUGAAGGGGACGGGCUGGUCAGCCACUUCGAGCCCACGCCCUCCUCGCCGUCUCCCCUGCCCACCUCCUCAUCUGCCCAACACCUCCAGCUGAGUCGUCAGCCCUCCUACGAGAACAUGCUCCCUGACGGCAUUCCGGAGCGACAGUCGCUGCCUCACUCCCACCUGCGGGGACUAAGCCUGCCUGACAGAGAUCGGGAGAGGGAGCUGACCCUGGACGAGGGCGCCUAUGCCAACGUUCUCACGAUGCGCUCGGAUCGUCCCUUCAGCAGCCGCAGCCCCCCGUCGCCGUCUCCCUCGCACCACCACAGUUUGGACGCCCCCAUGCCUCUGCCACGGCGCUCGAAGAGUCUCCUGCCCGACCGUCCCUCUCACAACCCUUUCCUCCAGUCGGCCCCGGGCCCGGCACAACGAGAUCCCGCCUCCCAGGCUGCCGCGCGCCUGCCGCAGAGAAGUUCCGCCCACGAGCUCUAUAAGCAGCGGAUGCCGCUGACGCUCACCCUGGGUAACCAUGGCAGCCAUCACAUCAACCAGCAUGGCAGCCAUGUCGACCAACAGGUGUUCUACCCUCAGCAGGAGUCUCCUGUGGUGGCCUACAUGGUCCCACCCGCUGCCUCUCAGCCAAUGAGCUAUGUGACAGCGCCGCGAGCCUCGAGCGCGGGCGGCAACCGUCCCCGGCUGUACCGCCGCAUGCCCAGCAUCGAGUCCGACGUCUGA